AUGUCUCGAAGAUACGAUUCAAGGACGACCAUCUUCUCCCCAGAAGGUCGGUUGUACCAGGUCGAAUAUGCCCUCGAGGCUAUCUCGCAUGCCGGCACAGCUCUGGGAAUAUUAGCGCAAGAUGGCAUCGUCCUGGCCGCGGAGCGCAAGGUCACAAGCAAACUACUGGAACAAGACACAUCGGCCGAGAAACUCUAUAUCCUCAAUGACAACAUGAUCUGCGCGGUAGCAGGCAUGACUGCCGAUGCCAACAUUCUCAUCAACUUUGCACGACAAGCCGCUCAACGCUACCUCCUGACCUACAACGAAGACAUCCCCUGCGAACAGCUGGUGCGUCGUCUGUGCGAUCUGAAGCAAGGCUACACACAACACGGUGGUCUACGGCCGUUUGGUGUCUCCUUCAUCUAUGCAGGCUGGGACCCGCAGCGACAGUUUCAAUUGUAUCAGAGCAAUCCCUCGGGCAAUUACGGUGGGUGGAAGGCCACGAGCGUGGGAGCCAACAAUGCCAGUGCCCAGAGUCUGCUCAAGCAAGAUUAUAAGGAGGACUGUGAUCUGAAGGAGGCGUGCGGCAUGGCAGUAAAGGUGUUGAGCAAGACCAUGGACUCGACGAGGCUGAGCAGUGAGAAGAUUGAAUUCGCCACCGUCGGCAAGACGAAAGACGGCAAGAUUUACCACCAUCUGUGGUCUGGUGACGAGAUCAUGACGUUGCUCAAGGAGCACGGUCUUGCUAAGGAAGAGGAGCAAGAGACUGGUUAA